AGUUAAUUUUAUUUAUUUCUGGUAAAUAUGCAUAAUUAUUAAUCAAAAUUUAAAAUUUAAUAACAGUAAUAAUAAUAAAAUUUAAUAGUAACAAAAAUAAUUGUAUGUGUAAACAAUAUAAAUAAUAUAUAACUGUAUAUAAAAAUUAAUUAUAAAAAAAAAAAUAAAGUAAAAGAAUAUACAAAACCAAUAAUGGAAUAUAAUGCACACAAUACUGGCUCUGGUAUGAUGAGUGGUGGAAAUACAACAAAUAUCAGUGGUGGUGGUGGCGUUGGUGGCGGUUUAAGUGGUGGUUAUAUUGGUGAUAUAUCAUCAGAAGAUUUAGUACAUGAAUCUGAUGCCGGUAUUGAUGAUGUAUAUGCAUCAACUGAUAAUGAUAAUAAUUUUGAAUCAAAUUUACGUAGACGUAAAGGUAAAAUAAUAUCGUGUGCCAAAGAAACCAUCGAAAAUGGUAAUUUUUGCACAUACUUGUAUAUACAACAUACAUAUUAUAUAGUGUACAAUAUACAUACUCGUACAUAUAGGAUUCGGAUAGAGAAUAAAACAGAAAUAAAGAACAACCUUAAUAAUACCAAAACUUAUUAA